AUGGCGGUGCAACCAGAGGGGCUAAAAUGUAGGGUGGAGGAGUCCAAUGCAGAGAGGGGUACAGCCGAGCCCUUCCUGAGGCUCCACAACUUGUACCCCACCCCGCGCUGUGCCAGGCAGGCCGCCCUGCCCAGGCUGAGCCGCUGGGCGGUCAGCCAGCACUGCUACCCGCCGAGCCGCUUCUCCUCCGUGCCCCUGGACCCCAUGGAAAGCCCCACCUCCCAGGCGGACCUGGAGCUGGACUACAACCCUCCCCGCGUGCAGCUCAGCGACGAGACGUUCGUCUUCCAGGAUGGGCGGUGGGUGAGUGAGAACUGUCGCCUGCAGCCCCCCUACUUCUCCCCGUCCUCGUCCUUCCACAAGCUGCAUCACAAGAGGCUGGCCAAGGAGUGCCUGCGGCAGGAGGAGAACAAGUCCCUGCGCGAGGAGAACCGCACGCUGCACGAGGAGAACCGCACGCUUCAUGAGGAAAACAAGUCCCUGCGCUCGGAGAACAAGUCCAUCGUGCAGGUCUUACGGGAGGAGCCCCAGGCCGCGCUGAGCAGCGAGGACGGCUGGGCGUCCUCGUCGCUGCUGCUCAAGGACAACACCUCGUCCCUGGAGGCGGCGAAGAUGGACCCGGACCUGCAGGUGCACGGCGGCCGGGAGAGCAGCACUCUGCAGCUCCUCCGGGAGGAGAACCGGGCCCUGCAGCAGCUGCUGGAGCAGAGAAAGGCCUACUGGACCCAGCCGGACGAGAAGGCGGCCUCGACCGAGAUCAAACCGGUCCCCUCGCCCCAUGAGGCGCCCCACGGGCUGCUGCCGGACCAGGGCGCGGGCCUCCCCUCCCCCUUCGAGGAGCCCAUGAGCAACCUGCCCGGGCAGCCCAGGGAGGAGGCGGGCAAGGUGGGCCCGGGCCUGCCCGACGGCGGCCAGUCCCUGGAGCCGCUGCGGGAGAUGAGCCAGGCGUUGCAAGCCCUCCGCGAGGAGAAGCGGCUCCUGCAGGAGAACUGGGUCCUGCACGUGUUGCGCGAGGAGCACCGGAUUUUCCAGGAGGAGAGCAAGGUGCUGUGGGAGAACAAGAAGCUGAAGCUGCUGCAGAAGCUGGUCAUCGACACCGUGACCGAGGUCAGCGCCCGUAUGGAGCUGCUCAUCGAGGAGCUGUGCGCCUUCAUGCCAACCAGGAACAAAGACCCCAAGAAGCCCAGCAGGGUCUGA